GCUUGAAACCCUCCCAUGAGCCUUUGCUGUUUCUCUUUCUAGCCGGCGCCUGAGAAUGGGUAUUUCAAGGGACAACUGGCACAAACGCCGUAAGACCGGUGGCAAACGCAAGCCCGUCCACAAGAAAAGGAAAUAUGAGCUCGGGCGUCCUCCAUCAAACACCAAGAUUGGACCUCGUCGCAUCCACACAGUAAGGGUCCGUGGUGGAAACAAGAAAUACCGUGCUUUGAGGCUUGAUGUGGGCAACUUCUCAUGGGGCUCAGAAUGUUGUACUCGCAAGACCAGGAUCAUCGAUGUGGUGUACAACGCCUCUAACAAUGAGCUGGUGAGAACCAAGACCCUGGUCAAGAACUGUGUGGUCCUUGUUGACAGCACUCCUUACAGACAGUGGUAUGAGUCUCACUACGCCAUUCCACUUGGAAGGAAGAAGGGUGCCAAGCUGACUCCUGAGGAAGAAGAGAAUCUGAACAAGAAGAGGUCGAAAAAGGUCCAGAAGAAGCUUAAUGACCGCCGAAAGAACAGCAAGAUCAGUCCUCUAUUGGAGGAGCAGUUCCAGCAAGGAAAGCUUCUUGCCUGCAUUGCCUCCAGACCGGGACAGUGUGGUAGGGCUGAUGGCUAUGUCCUCGAAGGCAAAGAACUGGAGUUCUACCUGAGAAAGAUUAAAGCCAAGAAAGGCAAAUAAAUGUACAGCUCACUUUGAUACGACCAUUAAAGAAAAUACCCCAACUCGG